CAUCACAUCAUAUAAUUAAAUUUACUUUUUGCGACUUUCAAAUGUAAAAAUUCGCCAAAAAUUAUACAUGUGCCGAUUCCCGAGAACCGCGACAAAAUGUCCGAUAGGAGUUUCGGUGAUUACCCAAAUCGGAGUGUUGUGAAAAACCCUCUAUUGUCCACCGCUGUGACUGGCCUCUCAAUCGAAGAUUUGACGCAGAAUGCUGUACUGUUACCUGCCGUUCCUAGCCAGGAAUUGAUCACAAGACAAGAUGAACGAAUCGGGACCCAGAUGAGAUCCUUGGGGCACUCCCAACAUGACAUCACAGUUUUAUCGGCCGGCGACACAAAUAGUAACCAAACACAACAGCCAAACAUCCCGACACACAUAUUAAACCCCAUUAAUAAUAAUAAAAACACGCAAAACGAUAAAAUUAACGAAAUGCAUACUGUAUCCAAAGCCACCGCUAAAUCCACUGACGAUUUCGACGUAAACGAAUACUUCGCGAGACUACAAGGCACUAGAUAUGUCAGCGCACCAUUGAAUAGUAACGUAAGCGAUCAGAAUGCAAAUCUACAGGCUGAAGAGAAUCUUGAAGAGAUAAAUCUAAACGAUACAAUUGAGCCAGAUAAAGAACACAAUUCGGAGAAUAUACAGCAAAGUAUCACAGCAGAUAUAGCUCAGAAUUUCUCACAGCUACCGAAUGUGUUACCACACGUUGCGAGCGCUGUUUUUAGUUCUUUCAGCAACAUGCUGAGUUUGAAGAGCAGAGAGGUGACUCCUGAUGAAACGAAGGUACACCAUGAUGUACAGCAUCAACCUGUAGCAGCUGUUAAUAUGCCGUUUGCUGUACCAGAGGCGCCGGCCAGUAUAGCGCCUCCACCGCUUCGAGAACCCCCUAUGACUGGUACCACAUCAAACUAUCGGAUAACAACGAAAAAGAAAGUAUACGCCCAAGUACCGGGCUUGAGUUCUGGAGACAAUCAUCACAUGCAGACAUUAAAUCCAGGACCCAGCAGCCUUAGGCCACCCUCUUAUUUCACACCUGAUGCAAUUCCUGGCAUACCAUAUGAUGAGAGUAAUGUUAAAAAUGUCCCCAUAGGUUAUGAUAUGAAACCGUAUUUAUCAGAACAAAUUUCGAACGUAAAGGAUGACGUUGAUAAAGAUUGUUUUUAUAAACCACCUCAGACAACCGCUAAAGUAAAUGAAAAUAAAAUUAUUAUGACGGACACGACAACGCCCAAUGCCGAAGCUUUACCGACAGACAAAACAAUACUUGAUGCGCAGAAAGGUGAUGAAGCUUACACAGGAACUACUCGUGUACCAACUCAAGUAACUCCUGAAGAAGCUAAACAAAGCUUUGACUUAUUUAAUCCAACACCAGUUGUACCGAAAGAAAAAAAGGUAGAAAGUCGUACUAAUUUACCUUGUUCAACCAUACCUGACUUUGCAACUGAGAAUCAACCUGCUCAAAGACAAAAUGAUGCAAAUAGUGUCCAGUUAGAAAAACCACAUUUUCCAUCGCAACCUUCUAGUAGCAGUAGCUGGUUUAGUCCGGUAAAUGAUAGUAGAUUUAUGGGAAUACCACCUCAAGGAUCAAGUGCAGUGAUUCCUCCGCCACCUAUGUUUUCUAAUAUACCACGGAGAGAUAGUCAAACGACUAUAGAAAAGUCAGUCUUACCACCUUCAGUAGCGAGGCGUAUAUCUGGCAACCAACCAAUAAUAAAACCUCAGGCUGUACCAAUGGUGGUAAAAGAAAACUUCUUCAUACCCACAAUUCCAUUUGAAUCAGAAACUCAUUCACAACAAAAUAUGGCACCGUCAGAAUAUUCGUAUUUACCCGACUCACAAAAUACUGCACAAUAUUUAACGACAGAUAAAUCAGAAUGCAUUAGACAACCACAAAUAAAUCGUCAGACUCAACCGAUACCUCCAGAAAAUAAUCCACAGUCAUCAUUUCAAAUAGCGAUAAACAAUUCAAAUAAAUCAGUAGAUUUAUCUCUACCUAACACUUCAGUCCCUAUGAUAUCUUCAAAUAAUUGUACGUUACCAGGAGUACGUCCAUUUACUCAAUCUUCAUUCACUACAGAGGCAAUACCUCUUCAGAUAUUUCAACUAUCAAGUGAACAAAAACAUGUUAGUGAUGAUACUGUCGUAAAAUCAGAGGGCGAUUCAACGCCAAGCCUUUUUCAAAAAAGCUCAAAUGAACGUUUACCUAACACAACAGAUAUUACUCAACAAUUAAGACAUGACUUUGGUGCACCCUCUAUGUUUACUAAUCCUGCAACCCAAACUUCUAUACCAAAAACACCAAGAGAGAUGCAAAUAAAUGAAGAAACUGUUAGUCAAGAUAAGUUUUCACAGUUCAUGAUAAACUCGCCACCCCAACUUCCGAAAGAAAUAUCCGAACCACCGAAAAUGACAGGAAACCUAAAUUAUAGAUUGAAAAAGAAAAAACCACAGUAUUAUUCCGGUCCAAUUGCAGGUGUUGGUAACAUUAGUAAUAAUGUUAAACCGAUACUAAAUACAAUGGGACCUAGUUCAUUCCAAGGUGCUAUUUUUACUCCUGAAUCAAACGAAGAUCCUACUAGCCAAAAGUUAGCAUCAGAUUAUAAUGUGGCUAGUGCCCAUGAAAUUGCGAGUUCAGCAGAUUUACUUAAACCUCCAACAGGAUCAAGUUCAUUUCAAGGUGCUUAUUUUACACCAGAUCAAAAUGUGCAACCUUGUAAUCAGAAAAUAUCAUCAGAUUACAGUUUACUUAGAGCAUAUGAUGGUGCAACUUCAUUUGAUUCAAAUCAAACUACAGCAUCAUCUUACCCAUUUAAUAUAAAUGAACCAGAAGAACGCAAACCACUAGUAUAUAACGCUUUCAAUACAGCUUUUGAUUUGAGUAGACCAACUACUGAAUCUUUUGAUGAUACUCAACGAGAGUCAAAAGGUUUCGGAAUAAUUGGAUCGUUAAAAUCUAAACUCAGUUCAAUAGAUAUUAAUAAGAUUCAAAACACCGUUACAACCUUCUUCGAUCCAGCAUACAAUAACACUAAAUCUGAAGAAAAAAAACAAGAACAUUUGACACAUUAUGAUAACGAUUUGUCUGUUGGAAAUUAUCGAAAUUUCCCGCAGACAGAAAACGCUAAUUUAGAAGUAUAUAUUCCCAACGAACAAAUAACCCCUAAUGUCUACAACCAGCAUCCGAACUCCUCGCAACCAUCUAUGCAUCCGCAGUAUUAUCCAAGUCAAGAAUAUUUAAAUCAAGCACAAAAUCACCCCAAUUUUAACUAUACGGGAUGGGACGGCACGCAGUCUGGCACAACUAAUCUUUUUCCUAAUUUGCAUAAUGUAAUGCAAGACAGUUCCUCCAGAAAUAUGCCGAUGUCAUUGAUAGAAGUUCAAGAAAUGUAUCCAAAUACUGCAACGUUUUCCCAAGACUAUACGAUUCAAACAGCUUCAGAAAAGCCUUUAAAAGAAAUUGAAAAUGAAAAAAUUGCUUAUCUCUCAAAAUUAACAGACUCCGCAUCUCAUUCCUCAGUUCAUAAAGGAACAACUUUAUCAGAAAAUAGAAAAGAAAUCAACAUCGAAAAAAUUAAUGCGAUACCAGAUGAUAAAGGUGAAACUAAAAUAUCUCAAAAUACUGCAGAUACAUUUAAAACUUUCUUUGAUUAUUCCAAAGAGGAUUCUCAAUUAUUAUUAGGAAAGAAUAUUUGUAGAGAUGAUAUUACGGAUAUUAAAAAUGCAAAUCCUGAAUACGGGCAUUCUACUACCGAUUCCUUUACAAGUGCUUUGGAUAUUAAACAGUCUUUUACCGAACCAAUAGUGCAAGUCAAAGGUUAUGAACGCAUUUCUAAACUUCAUGCGUCUCGAGCAUUUUCAAACACUUCCGCGAAAGAUUUUUUCGAUAGGCAACAAUCCCAAGAUAAUUUGACUACAAGCAAACUUCAAAAAUCUAAUGAAGACAAUACAGAACAAAAACCUCAUACUGGAUACGAUUUAUUGCAAAAAACGAGUGAUAUUUCAACUAAAUCCUUCUUUGAAUAUCAGUUGACUAAUCCUGAUAGAGAUUUAUCGAAUAAUAAGGUUUUGCAAAGUAUUUUUAGUAAAGAAAAUACAAUUGAUUUUGAUACAUCAAAAGAAAUUUUGACUACUGUUGUAUUACCAGUAUUAAAAAACAUAUCGGAGGAUUUAGUGCCACCACAGUAUUUGGAUAGUGGCAUAAAUGACAGUGAGGUUAUUUCCUCAACCAGCUUUGAUAACAAAAUAAUAGGAAAUAAUGAUGAAGCUACAAAACUCUCUAAAAAUUCUUAUACACUUUUCGAUUUUGGCCACUCAGAUAAACCUUCCGUCAUUCAUGGAUGUGCACCAUACAAAGACGUGAAAGAUAUCGAAGAAAAGCUGGAAAACGUGUCUCUAACUGGAAAUACUGAAAGUGAAUUAAAUAAGAAGUCUUCGGUUUCAGGGUUUUUUGUAAAAGGUGAACCGAUUGAUUUAAACCAAGAUUUUCCUGUCCAUCCAGAUUCUGAUUUAAAUAUUUGCGAAACUUGUAGGGAGGUCAAUAAGCCAGAAGAGACAGCUGGAGAUAAUUUAACGACGCAUCUAAUAGAAAAUAUUACAGCUCCCAUACAAUUAGCUAACCCUGUUGAAUAUCCUGUGGUCGAAACUACGAAGGUUACUGAUGAGACCAAUAUUUCUUAUGCUACAGAAAGUAUUAUAGAAACAAUGAAGUUACCAGCACCCGUUGAGUUAAUAGAAAAUAUUAUUAGUACAGGUAUAAAUUACGGAUGGUCGACUAAUAUACCUCACUCCUCUAAUGUUCUUCAGGAUCAUAACUAUGGUUUUCAACCAGAUCCUCUUUCCCUGGGAUGUUUUGAAGAUAAAAGUUUGCUGUUUGAAAAUAUCCCGACAAAUGCCAGUGAUGAAAUAAAAGCUGAAUAUAGAAUUUCUCAAGACGAUACUCCAGUGUUACCACUGAUUAAUAUGCCCGCUGCACCUCCUGAAGAGGAUAGCAAGUCAGAUGAAAGUUGUUUAGACGUGCAUUCAAUUGAGCAAGAUGCCAAAAAGGAUUUUCCUAUUUACGAAGAAUUCGUUAUAGAUCCAUCCGAGACGGAUGAUAAUAAAAUAGAGUAUAAGGAACGGGAAAGAAGUUCCGAUGAUCCAAUACCGGAUGCAGAUACGUUCACCAAUCGGGUGGAGAGAUAUAAGAAAAUGGAAACUAAUCCCGAACCUAAUGCACAUAUAUUUGAACUGAGGAAAGAUUCUAUACCAUUUGAUUUACCAACGUCGACUAGCCCAGCUUUAACGAUAGCUUCUUAUUUUGACACAGGCAACUAUGCAGUUGAGAAUCAUUAUAGGAAUUCAUUGACUUCUCCACUUCCGUCCACUUUAAGGUCAUUUACUGUCAACACUUCACCACCUAUGCGUAUUCCACCAGGCUUUGAAGAGGAGUAUAAACGACGAUUAAGUAUUGCAGCUGCAAAUAUUCUUCCUGGAUUUAACAGUCAAAAUAUCACGUAUGUUCCAGACACUUCCACUCAAAGUGCAUCUAUUAUUACUUUGACAUUAAAUCCAAAUAUCGCUUACGUACCUGACGUAUCAGCUCAAAUUCGUGGCCUACCAACAUUAGUGUAUUCAGGGAGUCCUAUUGAAGAUUUGAAUAUUUCUGACGCAGAAGUUAAAACGAUGGCUGAAAAGAUCUCAUCUGCUACCAAUGAGAGGCUGCCAGCAUUCUCGAAUUUUGUCGAACCUAAAGAGGAAAUAGUUGAAGAACAAAAACAUAAAGAAUCGAUUGAAGAGAAACCUCAAAACCUUGAACAGCCGAAAUUAGAAACACAAACUGAUCCGAUUAACUUCUUCACUUCAAAUGAAGAAAGCACUGAUGAUUCAGAUGCGUACAAUAACUAUAGUAGACUAUCUAGUUAUUUCAGUAGUCCACCUAAACCUGAUCACUCGAAGUCUUUUUUUGAGUUAAGUCAGUCUCAAGACCAUUACAGGCACAAAACAAAAAACGACACUUUCGACUCAAUACAGACCAACGUCAAAAGUUUCUUUGAAACUGCAGCUUUAAAUAAUCCAUCGAACACAUCGAUUCUUAACUCAAAUAAUGAAACUUCGAACAUUCCACAUAAUUAUAUGCAAAACAUGAGUUUAGUUAACGAUUUAACGUCAUGCAAAAACUUCACCCCUUCAGAUGAUGUAGUUAGAACAGUAAAUUACUUUACUAUAGCACACAACGCUGAAUAUGCGAAAGAAAAUUGUAUAGGCGAACCAAAAGUCAUAGUAGCUAAUAAAGAACACGUAAAAAUAACAGAGAGUAAAGAAACUAAAAACAACCAAUUAGGUGACGUUCCCGAUAACAACUUAAACUUCGAAGAUAUUGUUAGUAAUUGUAAAUAUUGCUGUGAAACGACCAAAAAUUUUACAAAAGUAGAUUUUGAUAGUGUAAAAGUAAGAAAAGUUAUGGAUAGAAAUACGGAUACGAAAAGAGAGGGAGACUGCAGUAUGGAUGAAAAAAAGGAUAACGUCGGUAGAAAGGGCAUGAGCGUUAACUUCGCGGACCAAACAUUCCAAGAAGACAGUAGUGAUAGGAUCGUGUCGAUUGAUGAGAACCGCACGUCGUCGGAUUAUGAUCCGGUGAAAUACCACUGGUUCUAUCACGUGGAAUUCGAGGAUAAGUCGAUAUGGAGGGGAUUUUCCGCGGGGGAUUCCAAAGCGUUGGAGGAUGCUUACAAUAGCCCCGAUCUAAACGAAGAAACAAUAGUGGCGACUGACGGUGGAAGAUUUGACGUCAAUGUCAUGGGACGUAUCAGAACUGCUGUCUACUGGGCUGAUAAACCCAGCAACGUCAUGAGAUGCAGUUGGUUCUACAAAGGUACGGCCGUGCCUCGAUAUGUACCCUACACGGAAUCUGUUGCCGCAAAACUUGAGGAUAUGUAUCGCAACAGUGUCACCACGGGCGAAUGGCACCGUCGGCUGAUUCUCCCCAACAAUGAAAUGGUGGUGAUGCACGGACCCACUGUGAUGGUGCACUUCCUGCAGACCUCCACUGACACUUUCACGUCCACCCCGUCGAUGCGUCAACGCGUGGUGCGAGGUUGCGUCGAGUCGGAAAUAGAGGAUACCGAACCAUCGAGUAUAGACCACCUGCUGCUGUUGUGCCAUGGCGUCGGUUCGGCCUGCGAUAUGCGCUUCCGGUCUGUGGAGGAAGUGGUUGAUGACUUCAGGUCUACAAGCUUACAACUAGUGCAGGCGCAUUACAGGAACUCUUAUGACAGUGGCCUUGUGGGAAGAGUGGAGGUGCUUCCAAUAUCCUGGCAUUCCAGUCUGCACUCGGGGGAAAACGGGGUAGACACACGUCUAGCGGCCGUGACCCUCGAAAGUAUACCGCGGUUGAGAAACUUUACAAACGAUACGUUGCUUGAUGUACUGUUCUACACCAGCCCUGUAUUUUGUCAGACGAUAAUAGACACUGUAUGCGGUGAGCUGAAUCGAAUCUACGCCCUGUUCAAGCAGAGGAAUCCCAAUUACGAAGGCGGCGUUUCAUUAGGGGGUCACUCGUUAGGCAGUGUCAUCUUGUAUGACUUAUUGAGUCACCAGACGUCUAAGGACGCUGGGAGGCAGGUGUCAACUGACAAGCAGUAUGUGACGGGUACAGCCGGCACGGGUCAGCCUUGCGUCAAAUACCCUCACCUGGACUUCGAUCCAGAUGCAUUAUAUGCCCUCGGCAGUCCUAUAGCUAUAUUUGAAUGCAUCCGCGGUGUUCACACUCUUGGGCUCGACUUUUGUUUGCCGACGUGCAAGAACUUCUUCAACAUCUUCCAUCCAUACGAUCCUAUUGCUUACAGACUGGAGCCCAUGGUAAAUCCACAGCUUCGAGAUGUCAAGCCCUAUUUGAUUCCACACCAUAAAGGAAGGAAAAGGAUGCAUUUAGAGUUAAAAGACACUAUGGCGCGGGUGGGUGCCGAUAUAAAGCAGAAACUGGUAGAAUCUAUCAAGAGCACCUGGUCGAGCAUGUGGAAGACGCAGCCACCUCCGGACACUCAACUUGAAAAGGUGGUUGAAGAAGAAAUAGAGAAGGAGCGACUGAACGCGGAAUGUAAAGAGGACCAAAUACAGGAUCGCGAGAUAACAGCGGACAUGCUAGGAAAGCUGAAUGGCGGGCGUCGUAUCGACCACGUUCUGCAAGAGGCGCCCUUUGAGAUGAUCAACGAAUAUUUAUUCGCCAUGAGCAGCCAUGUUUGUUACUGGGAAUCGGAGGACACCAUGUUGGUUAUGCUACGGGAGAUCUACAACGCUAUAGGCGUGAUUCCCGACUGCAGCGUCCCGCAGCACACGCUCACCGUACAAAGGAGCCGAAUACAGGAGGACUCUGUCAGUCUUACAUAUCCAGAAUCCCCGUCAACAAGUCGAGGCGCAUCGUGAACAACUUAAAUUAUUUUAAAUCAACACAUGUAGAUCUACAUAAUUAUAUUUUUUUUGUUAAAUCGUACACUAAACUUAAACUAAAAGCACUAAACACAAUACACACAUAUAGUCAAUUCCACUGUACAAAAAUCAUAUUAUUUUAUUGUAUCUCACUUCUGAUGUCAGACAUUGUAUAAAAAGUAUCUGUGUCGGAGACGUUUUCGCACACACCUAAUUUUGUAUUAGAUAUUUAUUGUAUUUGACGGCCGACUGGCGCGGCGACUGGGCAGCG